AUGGGUCGUGUUAUUCGCUCACAAAGAAAAGGACCAGGAGGUAUUUUCAAAUCUCAUACUAGACUUCGCAAAGGAGCCGCAAAGUUAAGAUCGUUAGAUUAUGCUGAACGUAAUGGAUACAUUAGAGGCAUAGUAAAAGAAAUUAUUCAUGAUCCAGGUCGUGGUGCACCUCUUGCAAAAGUUCAAUUUCGUGAUCCAUACCGGUAUAAACUUCGAUUACAAACUUUUAUUGCAACUGAAGGAUUACAUACAGGUCAAUUUAUAUAUUGUGGUAAAAAAGCAUCAUUAACAGUUGGCAAUGUGUUACCAUUGAAUUCAAUGCCAGAAGGUACAAUUAUAAGCAAUGUUGAAGAAAAAAUUGGAGAUCGUGGUGCAUUAGCUAGAACAUCAGGGAAUUAUGCCACAAUUAUUGGUCAUAAUCAUGACGAAGGCAAGACUCGUAUCAAGUUGCCAUCAGGAGCAAAAAAAGUGGUGAACUCAUCUGCUCGUGCAACCAUCGGCAUUGUAGCAGGUGGAGGACGUAUUGAUAAACCAAUGCUUAAAGCCGGUCGAGCCUUCCAUAAAUAUAGAGUUAAGAGAAAUAGUUGGCCUAAAACUCGUGGUGUUGCUAUGAAUCCUGUUGACCAUCCUCAUGGUGGUGGUAAUCAUCAACAUAUUGGACACGCCUCUACUGUCUCUAGAGAAAGUGUUCCUGGUCAAAAGGUUGGUUUGAUUGCAGCCAGAAGAAGUGGUUUGCUUCGUGGUACAAAUAGAGUUAAGGGUGCUUAA